AAAAGAAACAAAAUGGUGAUACCUGCGGUCGGAAUUGAUCUUGGAACAACCUUCUCUUGUGUUGGAGUGUUUUUGCAUGGCAAGGUUGAAAUCAUCGCCAACGAUCAAGGUAACAGAACUACGCCAUCAUACGUUGCUUUCAAUGAUACCGAAAGACUUAUUGGAGAUGGAGCGAAAAACCAGAUUGCUAUGAACCCAAAAAAUACAAUAUUCGAUGCAAAACGUCUGAUUGGCAGAAAAUUUGAUGAUCCUAAAAUCCAACAAGAUAUUAAACACUGGCCAUUUCAAGUUAUUUCUGACCAAGGUAAACCAAAAAUUAAUGUUGAAUACAAAGGCGAAAAACGACAAUUUACUCCAGAAGAAAUUUCUUCAAUGGUUUUAACAAAGAUGAAAGAAAUUGCCGAAACUUUUCUUGGUGGUAUCGUUAAAGACGCUGUAAUAACCGUUCCGGCAUAUUUUAAUGAUGCUCAGCGUCAAGCGACUAAAGAUGCGGGUGCAAUAGCAGGCUUAAAUGUUUUGAGAAUAAUCAACGAACCGACUGCAGCCGCACUUGCUUAUGGACUAGACAGAGACUUAACGGGAGAGAAGGAUGUUCUUAUAUUUGAUCUAGGUGGCGGAACGUUUGAUGUGUCAAUUCUACAAAUAUCAGAGGGAUCAUUGUUUGAAGUUAGAUCUACUGCUGGCGAUACACAUUUAGGGGGUGAGGACUUUGAUAGUCGAAUGGUAGAUCAUUUCAGCCAAGAGUUUGAAAAAAAAUUCAAAAGAGAUAUCAAAAGUAAUCCUAAGGCUCUGAGAAGAUUACGAACAGCGUGUGAAAGAGCCAAACGGACAUUAUCAUCUAGUACAGAAGCUAGUAUAGAAAUUGAUGCUUUACACGAAGGUAUAGAUUUUUAUUCAAAAAUAACGAGAGCGCGUUUCGAAGAGUUAUGUUCAGAUUUAUUUCGACAAACACUUACGCCUGUUGAUAGAGCCCUUAAAGAUGCUGGAUUGAAUAUUAGAGAAAUCAACGAUGUUGUGAUGGUAGGUGGGUCAACACGGAUUCCAAAAAUUCAAAGAUUAUUGCAGGAUUUCUUCAAUGGAAAAGUAUUAAACCUCUCCAUCAAUCCCGACGAAGCAGUAGCAUACGGAGCUGCAGUGCAAGCCGCUAUUCUCUCUGGUUCGACAGACACUCGAAUUCAGGACGUUUUACUUGUUGACAUUACUCCUUUAUCUCUCGGAAUAGAAACAGCUGGUGGUGUAAUGGCACGAUUAGUAGAGCGAAACACUAGGAUACCAAUUGCACAGAGAAGGAUCUUUACAACAUAUUCGGAUAAUCAACCUGCCGUGACAAUUCAAGUUUUCGAAGGAGAAAGGGCGAUGACCAAGGACAAUAAUUUGCUUGGAACAUUUAAUUUGACAGGUAUUCCUCCAGCGCCAAGGGGCAUACCGCAAAUUGAAGUUACCUUUGACAUAGAUGCGAAUGGCAUUCUCAGUGUGAGUGCCCAAGACAGAAGCACUGGAAGAUCAGAACAAAUAACAAUUUCAAACGAUAAAGGACGCCUCAAUAAAAAGGAAAUAGAAAAAAUGCUUCAAGAUGCUGAAAAGUUCAAAGCAGAAGAUGAAACUGCAAGAAAGAAAGUCGAAUGUAGAAAUCGAUUAGAAGCAUAUGCAUUUGGAUGUAAAACAGCUGCUGAAAACGCCGGCAACAGAUUAACAGACAGCGAACGUGACGCAGUCAUCACAGAAUGCAACAACCAGAUACGGUGGCUCGAAGCAAACCCUGAUGCAGGAUUAUCAGAUCUGGAACACCACUUGCAAGCGGCUCAAAGCGCUUGUCAAUCAGCAAUGAUGAAACUCCACGGAGCUAGUGGUCCGAGCCAUACAAGACCAGUGAGUUCUGGUGGACCAAGGGUUGAAGAGAUUGAUUAACCAUUUCUUAUAUAAACAAUCUGUGUUCUAUAAAAGCAAAAUGAUAAUUAAAAAG